UUCAAAUCGCUCGGUUGUGGGGGCGGACGCUCUUCCGGUCUUCAUUCCAAACAACAUUGCCGCUCGGGCGCAUAGUCGCCUGUUAUUGAUUACGACGCGAUUUUAGGCCAAGAGUUAGUUAAACAAAGGGCCAAGUUAGUUUACUUAACUUAUAUCACACGCGUCUCAGGUGCAUUUCCUGGCCCACUGAAUUGUUUUUGCGCGGGUGCAAGUGCACGUGUGUUUGAGUUUGUUCGCAGGAUUACGGGAAAGUCAUACCAUGUUCCAGAGCCUGGGAGCCAGGGAAACUCGGAAAAGUUAUUAGCAAAAUCAGCGUUCAACAGAAGAUGUAGAACACAGUACAAUUAAGGAAGAAGAAGCCCAGCAGCCAGAUCAUCCCGGGGAAUCCCAGCCGGGGACAAGCAAGCGCAGUCCAUUGACCAGGAUGUCAUUCAAGCUCUUUCGCCGCGGAUCGGCGCGCUGCAUCGGUCUCCUAUCGGCGUUCGUGACCAUCCUGCUCUGCCUCUACUACAUCUCCAUUGGCCAGCCCAAUCCGACGCCCAUCUCGGAGACGGGUUCGCCAUCGGUGGCGUUGCGGGGAUCGGCCCUGAAUGGCCUAACUGGAUUCAGCAUGGGUGGAGUUUCCUCCUCGAUGGCCCACCAACAGAAACUACACACGGGUAUUGUCUCCAGCCAGAAGAGAUCGUCGGAAACCAAGGCGGUGGUGGCCACAUCGGGAUCACUAGAUGUGCAAGCCAAGGAAGAGGAGGAGUACGUCAACAACAGUUGGGGUGACAAGUGCUACGAGCUGCUCCAGAGCAACACCAACAUAACUGCCAGUGAGGAGCACAGCAAGUUCGACUUUCAGCCCGAAUGGAUGCGCUCCAAGGAGUACUGGGAUCGCGGCUUCGAGGAGCGCUUUGAUGCCCAAAAGAAGGAUAAGCAGCGUCCUCCUCUAAAGAUCAUAGUGGUUCCCCAUUCCCACAAUGACCCCGGCUGGCUAAAGACCUUCACCAACUACUUCCAGUCGGACUCGCGGCAAAUCCUCAACCUGCUGGUGACAAAGAUGCAGGAGUACACGGACAUGACGUUCAUCUGGUCGGAGAUCAGCUUCCUGCAGCUCUGGUGGGAUCAGGCGCAUCCCACCAAGCAGCGAGCCCUGAAGCGACUGAUUGACUCCGGUAGGAUCGAAAUCACCACCGGCGGAUGGGUGAUGACGGACGAGGCCAACGUGCACAUAUACCCCAUGCUGGAUCAGCUCAUCGAGGGUCAUCAGUGGCUGAAGAAUAACUUGAAUGUUACACCAAAGGUUGGCUGGUCCAUUGACCCCUUUGGCCAUGGUAGCACGGUGCCGUAUCUUUUGUCGGGAGCAAAUUUCGAGGGAACCAUCAUCCAGAGGAUUCACUACGCCUGGAAGCAAUGGUUCGCCCGCCAGCAGUCCGGUGACUUCAUCUGGAAGCCCUAUUGGAGGAGCAGGAAUGGAAAGGACAGCGGAACUGGCAGCCUGCUCACCCACAACAUGCCCUUUGAUAUAUACUCCAUCAAGGGAUCUUGUGGCCCUCAUCCCUUCAUCUGCCUGAACUUUGACUUCCGUAAGAUUCCAGGAGAGUACACAGAGUACUCAGUAAAAGCGCAAUUCAUCACGGAUGACAAUCUGGAGUCCAAGGCGCAGCUGCUCCUAGAGCAAUAUGCCAGGACAGCUUCGUUGUUUCCUCACAAUGUGGCCCUCAUUCCGGUGGGCGAUGACUUCCGGUACAAUAAGGAUCGCGAGGUGGAUCAGCAGUACCAGAACUACAAGAAGCUCAUCGACCACAUCAUGGCCAAUCGACGGCUGUACAAUGCGGAUAUCCGAUUUGGCACACCCAGUGAUUACUUUGAGGCCAUCAAGGAGCGCAUGAAGGAUCAUUCGCCGGGCUUUCCCAGCUUCAAGGGUGACUUUUUUGUGUAUUCGGACAUCUUCUCGGAGGGCAGACCGGCAUACUGGUCGGGCUACUUCACCACUCGACCCUUCUACAAGCUGCUCAGCUCGGAGCUGGAACACCAGCUGCGUUCUGCAGAGAUUGUUUUCACCCUGGCUUAUAACACCGCCCGCCAGGCGAAGCGGGAGAAUGCAAUCAAGAUCUACGAGAAGAACUACGAGCUGAUCAUCAAUGCCCGGAGGAAUCUGGGCCUGUUCCAGCACCACGAUGCCAUCACUGGCACCUCCAAGGCGGCGGUGAUGCGGGACUAUGCCAUGCGCUUGUUCGAGAGCACCCAGAACAUGGUCAAGAUGCAGGAGUCCUGCUUGGAGCUCCUCCUGCAGAAGGGUCAGCCGCGACAUCAUGGCUUUCUGCUUAGUGAAUUCGAGCGGGAUAACUUCAAUAAGCUGCCGCGCAAGAUGCCCAUCCAGAUGGCCAACGGAGACGAGUCCGCGCCCACUGUUUCGGGCAGUGAAGGUGGAUCGGGUGGUUCCGCUGCCUCCUCGGGCUCAGUGGGCAGCUUCGUUCUGUACAAUUCGCUGGCUCAAAAGCGUUUGGAAGUCGUCACUCUGCGCGUCCAGCAUCCCAAUGUAAAGAUUCUCAAUGACAAGGGCGUGGAGCUGAAUCACAUUCAGAUCAAUCCGGUGUGGAACAUCACGGAUACUUACGAACAGGGCCUGGGCACUUCCGUAUCAGGCACUGUGGGACGCAUACGCACCUCGACGCGUCAAUUUGAGGUCAUGUUUGUGGCGGAGCUGGAACCCUUGUCACUCAGCACCUAUAAGGUUCAAGUGGACGAGGUUAACUUCAAGAGGAACAUAGCCACCAUUUACUGCGAUGACUGCACUGAAACGGCGGCCGCAGUAGUUAGUCCUCCAGAAGAAGCCGAAUCCUCACCAGCUCCAGUUUUCGAGGCUCGCGGCAAGCCAGCGGGUGACAUCCAGCUGGAGAAUCCCCACAUGCGGCUUCUGUUCGACGAGAAGACUGGCUUCCUGAAGACCAUCACGCGCAAGAACCAGAAGAAGGAGCUGCUCAAGCCGCUCCAGUGCAACAUCAAGUUCGCCGCCUAUCGCAGCGCCCAGUUCCACUCGGGUGCCUAUCUCUUCAAGACCGAUCCCGAGCAGAGCGAGGCCGAGAAGGAGGUGCUGGAGGGCUACACGGACAUGCGCAUCAUCAUCACCUCGGGCCCCAUAGCCAGCGAUGUGACGGUCAUCUAUGGACCUUUCCUGGCCCACACGGUGCGCAUCUUCAACACGCGGACUCACCUGGAUGCGGCGAUAUAUGUGGAGAAUGACAUAGAUUUUGAGCCGCCACCCAAAAAUCGGGAGACAGAGCUGUUCAUGCGACUGGUGACCAACAUAGAUAAUAUAGCUCAAGUACCGCUGCAGCGGGAUCCUCUCAAGGAACCAGCCGAUGCGGCUACCAUGCCCGAGCUGCCCAUCUUCUACAGCGAUCAGAAUGGUUUCCAGUAUCAUGAACGAAUCAAAGUGCCGGCCAUUGGCAUCGAGGGCAACUACUUCCCCAUUACAUCGGGAGCCUUUAUUCAGGACACCCGACUCCGGCUCACCCUGCUGACCACGCACGCCCAAGGAGCUGCCAGCUAUGAGCCUGGUCAGCUGGAGGUGAUGCUGGACCGGCGCACCCUGUACGACGACUAUCGCGGAAUGGGCGAGGGCGUCGUGGACAGCCGCCUAACGCGCCACAAGUUCUGGCUGCUCGUGGAGGACCUGCCUGGCGGUCAGCAGGUGACCCAGCCGCCCAGCUACAAGGUGCUCAGCCAGCAGGCCCAGCAGCUGGCCAACGCCUUGCGGUACCCGCCGAAUCUGUACUUUGUGAGCAGCCUGGAGCAGCCGGAACUGUCGGCCGCCCUGCUGCCGCUGGUCAGGCUGCUGCCCAAGGGAGCGCUGCCCUGCGACGUCCACCUGACCACCCUGCGCACCCUUUCCGAUCCUGAGCUGCAGCUGUUUCCGUCCGCCUCGGCGCUCCUAGUGCUGCAUCGCCAGGGAUUCGACUGCAGUGUGAGCGCUGGCAGGGAUUUGUCCAUGGAGACCGUGUGUCCGCUGUCCAGCAAGGGCUUGGGCAAUGUGCAGCUGGGACGGCUCAGCCUGCACACCAUCGAGGCCACCAGUUUGACGGGGAUGGAGCAGAAGCCGUCCAAGGACAGCUUCCACAUUCGCUCUCUGGCCGAGAUCAGUCUGGAGCCCAUGGAACUGCGCACCUUCAACCUCACAUUCCGCUCGGAGGUGUAAGGCAGUCUCUCGAACAGUCUAUUUAGCGGAAAUAUUUAUUGAUAUUUAUUUGUGGUUUAUUUCUAAAUAGCUAGUGGGUAACGCCAAGUGCAAAGUUUUCAGCUUUAUUUAGUUCUCGUCACGUCUACACGUCUAAUCUCUGUCUCCAACAGUUUUGAAAGUACAAAGCAUACGACAUAGUUAUAAACAAUAGGGUGGUUAGGUUCUUUUUUCUGUUGAACCCUUUAAGAUGACGGUUUGUGGCUAAUUCUAUGCACUUUCCUCUUGCGGCUCACAAGUUUGAAAGGUCAAAGCUUAGGGAAAAUGAGGCUAUGUUAAUCUAUUUUUAUGGCCCCUUCAAUCAAUAGCCUUUCCCCUAAUAUAAACUCUCAGUGCACUGGAAUCUCAAAACCCAUCUGACCCCAGUGAAAAGUGCUUAGAAUUAGCUAUAGAUUAAUUUAGCUUUUAGCACUUUUUUUUAAGCUUAAGAAUCGACCCACCCAAAAAACUUACGAACCCAAUGACUCAAUGCAAUAGGCCAAAAUACCCAAAAAAGAAUCCACAGGGCAAUGCAUUCCGGUUAGCCAAUUCCUCUAAACUUCAGAUUUGAAAUAUUUGUGCAAUAAUCUUGAACUAAAUCGCACUAUGGAAAUGACACAGCUUAGAUUAAGUAGUGGCUUGAUAUUAGAUGGAAAUAUUUAGACAGGAAAUUAGAGAAAUUUCGUUUUCGUUUGCGCGAAUGGCGUUCGCAUCGAUUUGUUUAGACUGAUUAGCCUAAAACGAUUGCAAAAUUGGCAUGUAUUAUUAAUCUCAAUGAUUCUAACCAAUCCUAGCCCUAAUUCAGAACUAACCAAAACACAGAAAUAUCUCGAUUGUAAAAUCCCUAAAUACGCCUAAGUGUACGUAGGCCAUAAGUUUUAAACGAGCAACGUAGUGGGGUAGCAAAAGUAUAAGCCAAAUAUUACAUUACAUUCACUAGCAAUAUUGUAAAUAGUCGAAUAGGAUUUCCAGGCACGGUAAAAUAGCUCUAAUAACCGAUAAACCACCUAGACCUAAGCCCCCCUCUCAGCUCUGGUGUAUGGCGUAUACGAGAGUCCUUCAAAUAGUUACUACUGACUACGGAAACAAAGCAUUCAAAGCAAGCAAGACAUAAACUUUAGAGUACCCAGAACAUAGGGACGACGAACACUUCUAGCGGAUACAAAUGUUUUGUGUAUUUAUUUAUAAAAACUUAUUACAUUAUAUCUAAUUUUAUGAUACAAGAAAAUAAAGUAUUAAAUGAAACCAA